GGGUUUAAAAAGUUCACAGUAUUCCCGGUCCCGCAAGGCCAACAAGCGGAGGAAGAGUCUGAAUUGAAAAAGCCACAACAAGAGUGGUUGCAUCCAACUGUGAUAUGUUUACUCCGCUAAGGAAAAGUGCAGAUUUUGGAAGACUUCGGAAGGCUUGUCAGAUUGCAUGGCUAUCCCAUGGUACACAACUAGCUAAAAAGUCCUCACUUCCGCUUAUUGCUGGUGCGAUUGCAGCAGGAACUGCAGGUUUUGGAUACACAUUGUACCAAUCGUCAGUUAGUGCAGAAGAUUAUAAUUUGCAUCCACCAAAGUUUGAUUGGAGUCAUAAUGGCAUGAUGAGUUCUUUAGAUCAUUCAAGUAUACGACGUGGAUAUCAGGUUUACAAACAAGUGUGUGCUGCAUGUCACAGUAUGGAACAGAUUGCUUUCCGUAACCUUGUUGGUGUUUCACAUACAGAGGAAGAAGCUAGAGCACUAGCAGAAGAAAUUCAAGUCACUGAUGGACCUGAUGAGGAAGGAAAUAUGUUUCAGCGUCCUGGAAAGCUUUCUGAUUAUUUCCCUAAACCAUAUGCAAACGAAGAAGCUGCAAGAGCUGCUAAUAAUGGUGCAUAUCCACCAGAUUUAAGUUUAAUAACAUCUGCACGACAUGGGGGAGAGGAUUAUGUGUUUGCUCUGCUGAAUGGUUAUAAAGAGGAUCCUCCAGCAGGGAUUGAUUUACGAGAAGGUCAAGCUUACAAUGUGUAUUUCCCUGGUCAAGCUAUCGGAAUGGCGCAACAAUUGUAUCCUGGUGUUAUGGAUUAUGAUGAUGGAACACCUGCUACUGUCAGUCAGAUGUCAAAAGAUGUGUGUACAUUUCUAAAGUGGGCUGCCGAACCAGAACACGACGACCGAAAGCGGAUGGGAAUUAAGGCGUUAACGAUAUUAUCUGUAAUGGCGAUGAUUGCGUUGUACUACAAAAGACACAAGUGGUCUGUGCUCAAGUCAAGAAAAUUAGUUUAUCGUUCUACUGCUGGCUAGGAAAUUUAGAAAAAUAUUUUUAUCGUGAAUGUACAAAAAUGUGAAUGUAAAAUGCUUCGUUCAAGUUCGGAGUGUUCUUGCUCAUGCUGUUCUUGUGAGAAAAGAAAAUGAAUCUGCA